AUGAUACAGAGAAUACACAAGACGAUCCAAGAUGCCGAAGCACGACCGUACUAUCCACGCUACAGCCCCAAUUGGGCAUUGAAAACUGCUUGGUACGAAGGAGACACCUUGGUGACUUCCCAAGGAUGGAACGCCUUGAGCAUACUGGGACAACCAAGGCUCAGUCAGUGGCGAACGGCGUCCGAUUCUUGCGAGGUGCCGAGUGUGCGGCGUGUUUUUAACGUGUUGCUGCUACCCGUCGUUGACGUUUGUGACAAGCGCCAUCACCAUCAUUUACCCACCCCGCAACCCUUGACUCCCUCCUCCUUGGGUUGCACGGACCAUCAGACCUGGCCACUCAUCUUGGCCGAAGAAGAACUAAGCAGCAACAGCAGCAAGUUUUGCUUCAGUGAUUACUGCGGUGAAGAUUCAGGGGCAACGGCACUCUGUCACGCAGCUUCCAUGGAUGCCAGACCCUUCGGCCCAGAUUUCAAGGUGGCGAGGUCGAGGACGGCGACCGUCGACCGGCUGCGGGCCCUCUGCCACCGGUCCCGGCGUUGGCCGGUCGAAGUCGAAGUCGAAGGACAGAUAUGUCGGCACCGGUGUUCCUUCAGAGCGUCGCGGCCGGGGACGAUCGCCGUCGACCGGCUGCGGGCCCGAUCACGUGAAGUAAGGGCUAAAUCGGAGGGUGCCCCAAGGAUGUCGGGAAUCGAAUGUGAAGGUACCUUUUCGACGGUAUGCGAGAGUCGAAAGCACCUCUAUCCCCCCAGCCAUCAAGCAAUAAUGGUACCAACACCCACACCCACCCACAGGUACAAGUACGUUCCCGAUGCUCACAAGGACAGGAUAAAGGGGUCCUUUGGAGUGUACGGGCCGGGAGCAUUCGUGCACUACAUCCCGACUGAGGACCGAGGGUUAGCCGAGUCAGGCAUGGAAGAACUCGAAGCUAACCCUCACAUGCGGAUCAGAGGUAGGAAGCUGGUCUAUGUGCGUAUUCUGAUUGAGCUACCCGCGGACGGCGGGGUUCCUUCGACCCACCCGUCCUACGUCACGUUCAGCACUUUCAACUCCUUUCAUACCCUUCGCAACAUCAUGCUCGGCCCAAGGCGAUGA